GUCCGUGUCUGUCCGUGUUGUCCCUUGUCGCGCACGCUUGAACGUUCCUCGCCAAACUCCAGAACAGCUGCUCUAUUUCCUCAGUCUCUACUCUGGCUAAGACCCGGCAACAUAUCAAACCUCCAGUUCCGCGCAUUUCCGGAGUUGUCCAACUGUACGGCGAUGGUGCCCAACGCGAGCGACAAAUUGCAGAUGCCAUCCGUUGCCGCUAUAGCAACCUGGGAUGAGAACGAAUUUGUAACGGAUGCCACUUGGACUGCAAGUGGUUGCAGGAUCGAAAUACGCGCCGCACAGAAUGGCACGGUCGACCUCAGCGACGCUGAUCAUCUCAAGAUAAUUUGUGCAAGUUUGCGGGCGAUCCAGUCAGUACGAACGUCAACUCUGACUGGCUCGUCAGAUGCUCGGGCAAUUUCUCCUCUAAUGCGUUGGAUGAAGGCCUUAUUGCAUUAUGGAGUGCAACAGGAGAUACAAGAUUACAUUGCUGUAAUGAAUGACUCGAUAGAACCGGACCGACGAUUACGUGGCAGAGGCAUGCUGCACAACUCGCUGCGCUGUGCAUAGCGCAUUCUGCACGUCAUCCAAGCAGAUGCGUCCAAGGCUGGCCCUAUCGCAGUUGAUGCUCUCACAAAGGCAAAUGAGGGCCGAAAGCGAGCUAUGGCAGUGCAUGAACAUCUUCAAGCGGACUGGCAAGAUGUCUACGAAAGUC